AUAGCACUUAGGUUUUAUGCGUCUGGCCAUUUUUUGUACAGUGUGGGCGAUUCAGAGCAUGUGGGAAAGGCAACUGUGUGUAGAGCCGUUCGUACAGUGUGUCUGGCACUUAAACAGUUGUUACCCACGUUUGUACAGUUCCCUGGCCAUAAACCUCUGCUUGUUAUUAAAGACGAAUUCCACAGAGUGGCAGGUUUGUCCUUUGUAGUAAAAUAUAUGACGCAUAUUUAAUAUUUAGUCAUAUUAUUAAUAUCUAUACAUGUAUUCCUUAUGCACACACUUCAUACUUCCAAAACUUUCUGUUUCAGGGUUUCCAAAUGUAAUUGGGUGCAUUGAUGGCACUCACAUUCCUAUUAAAGCUCCAUCAAUAAAUGAGGGAGACUAUGUUAAUAGGAAAUCUAUUCAUAGUAUCAAUGUGCAGGUAAUAUGUGAGGCAACCCAAAUCAUCACCAAUGUCGAGGCAAAAUGGCCAGGAUCUGUGCAUGAUGCCAGAAUUUUCCGCGAGUCAUCAUUAUGCCAGACAUUUCAGCAGGGACAGUACAAUGGUUACUUGCUGGGGGACAGAGGAUACCCUUGUCUGCCCUAUUUAAUGACACCCUACCCUGAACCUGAGCCUGGACCACAGACACGGUUUAACCUGGCUCACAGCCGAACACGGGCCAAGGUGGAGAUGACUAUAGGGAUCCUCAAAUCUCGGUUUCAGUGUCUGCGUGGGCUCCGGGUUAGUCCAGAGAGGGCAUGCGACAUUAUUGUGGCUUGUGUUGUGCUUCACAAUAUUGCCACUAUAAGAGGAGAGAGCCACCCUCCUUGUAUUGAGGAAGAUGGCCCAGAGGAACACCGACAGAUUUUAGAGGCCAACAGAGACGGAAGACUUUUGAGAGACAGGAUUUGUCAAAAUUACUUUUAUUAGUUUUUUUUGCACUGGUCUGCCAGGCAGUUUAUUUCUUCAUUUCCUGAAAAACAAUAAAAGUAAAAUUCAUUAAAA